AUGCAUACACGAUCUUUGUUUCUCAGCGUCUUGACGUGUCCUCAGUGGGGGAAGUUUGCGGAUCUUGAAGAUUCUGCAGUUUGAAACAGGAAACAUGUGUUUAAGUAGUUCAGUUUGCCACAAAAAGACGCUGUAAGUGUGUUUUUAUUAAAUGUUAAAAUCAUGUUAGAGUUGCGGGAGUGUGCGGACCAUCAUGCAGUGGAGGAGACACUCAGCCGGACUUAUUUUCAGCUGCGUGUUCGUGGUUUCAUAUUUCACUAACAAGGUAAGGGAAAAACCAUAAAAACGAAGAGGUUUGACCUCUACUUCAAGGAAAAAAGACACAAUUUGUGAGAAAAAUGCAAACCUUCAUAUUGUGUGUUUUUUAUCCACACAUUUAACACUAGGAGUAAGUUAAAACAAGGUUCCAUGUCACUUUUAGCCGUGUAUAAAACAUGACUGAUUCCUCAGAAAUAUGCACAAAAUUGCGGUUUAACCAUCAUCAACUGUAGUAACUAUUAUAUGAAAACUGUUUAAACCCAUUUUGACUCGCUCUUCCUACGAGGCGUGACCCAUCCAUCAAAGCAGCUUUUUCAUUAUAACACCAACUCUUAUUUUGGUGGGAAACAUACAGGAAAUGAAAGAGAGUAGGUUGUAAUAAUUUAAAGUGUUUAACAGCAUAAUACAUUGAUAUAUGAUGUGUAUGUAAUAUACGGCAUUUUGGGCUCACAUAAUGAGGAAGUUGCAUAAUUGAGAGGUUUGGUUAAAGCACAUAUCAGAAAGAUAAAGUUACAAAACGUCAUUUAUUUAAAAUGAACUUUUCUUUCCUUUUGUUUUUACAGUUUGUCCUCUCAGUGUUAAAGUUUACGUAUCCAACUUUAUUUCAAGGGUGAGUAACAAACAGUAAUGACUAUAUGCAUUAUUUUUCAGUAAUUGUAAAGUAUGUGGGGGUGAAAAAGAGUAAACUAGUCACUUCAAAGGAAGUCAAUACUGCUGCUCUCUACUUUAAGUAAAUGCUUGUUCAUGAAUCCUCUUAAAUCUUUGAAAUGUGUCAAAAUAAUGCUGUUUCCUAUCAUAACCACACUGCAUGUUUCAGAUGGCAGACACUUAUUGGAGCUGUCCUGCUUCUCCUCUCUGGGAAACUGGGCUGGGUAGAGAUGACCCGUAUCUCCAGGUAAUGCUUUUGCACGACUGUGGAAUUUAGAUCUGGCUGUUUUCUGCAGCUCACAUCAGGUGAAUUUAUUUUCAGAGGUUUUCAAAUGUAUUUUGUUGUUGUCUUACAGAUCAGCAGCUCUAUCGUGGCUCCCAGCCUCCCUCCUGUUUGUAGGAAACAUAUACGCUGGUUCCAGGGCCUUGUCACGCAUAGUGCGUUAUAUCACCUCCACCUUUACCCCCAGGAUCUUUUCAGUUUAGCAGAUAUUGUUUUCCGCACAAAUGUGAGAUAGCUACAAUGUUUAAAAUCUCUGCUUUUUUCGCCUCUCUGUGUAGGACAUUCCCUUCUUUUUCACUCUGCAGAAUUCCUCUCACGUUGUCAGUUUUAUAAUCCUGAAGGCCGUCCACAGAGAGGUAAGAGUCUACUGUGUGUGAUGUGUACAAUAUGUUCAGUACACUCCUUCAUUCUAUUCACUGGAGAGGACAGUAAAGUACAGCUUCUCUCUGAUUUGUGCUCAAACAGAAACAUAAAGUUAUCUUGUAACACUCUCUCUGAUUAAAAUCUCUGACCUCUUUUGUCACCUACAGAAGGUGCACAGACUGAAACUUGUCAGGUUGGUGAUUUUCUUCUUUGCAAUUUUCUUUAAGAAGCAAACACACUUAUAGGCAUUAAAUGUAAAAAAAUAUUGACACUUUCCUCAUGAUAUGACUGCGUAUAUAUAUAUUUUUUUCUUGUAGUGUCUGUCUGAUGCUGCUGGCAGCCAUCAACCUGCCCCACUAUGACCCUCAGGUAAUAACUCAUUAUCAUAUCAUAGACUUCACAUCACAAUGCCUGACUUCCCUGUUUGUAUGUUAUUAGUCUACUUAGUAAACUUUGAAAUAUUUGGAAGAGGUUUGAGUUAAUUUCCCACAAUAUGUCAGCAUUUGAAUCUUUUCCUCUUUUACAGUUUGACUACAGUGGUUACCUUUGGGCUGUUGGUCACCUAUCUUGUGUUGGUAAGUCUACUUUUACUAAGAGAUGCUACACUGUUUUCUUUUAAUGACUCAGAAAUAUUUUAAAGAGAACAUCAGAGGCCUGAGAACUGAGCCUAAACACCUAAAGAGAACUGGAGUCCAAAGUAAGGUGCAGACAAGUUCAGGUGAGAACAGUCAGUGAUGAUCAAGAUUUUUAAGAUAAAAGGAUCCAAAAAUGACUUCAUUUAUGAGUCAGUAAUGUGAGUUAGAUAAUUGGAACAUCAGAGGACUGAGGAUUAAGCCCUGAGGGACACCUCUGAUAACUAAAAAACAAAUGUAGUCAAAUGUGAGGUGUGGAUAAGCAAGAAGAGUCAGUGGUGAUGAAGAUAUCUAGGAUGACUCAAUAAUUCUUGACCUAUGACAGUUACACUUUUAUUACCUUUGUGAUACUGAUGUUGUGGGUGUCCUUUCUAAGGUUAAACUGUGUGUCUUGGUGCCAAAACUAAGUCUUGAAAACAGGGAAAUACUGUUCAUUUAAAAAGCUUACAUGAUGUAUUCUGAACUAAAAGGAUAAGUUUGAUUUUUUCUUAUUUUUCAGGCACAUACAGAGUGCUUCAAGUUCACUACAAACCUGCUAAUUUGAGGUAUGUCCAUGCACAUUAGUGUGCUAUUGAUAAGAGAUAAAUUUUCUAUUAUCGUUUUGUUUUUAGAUUGUAUAGUUUAAAGUAUACCAUGGUUAUUUAGUGCUCUGUUUAUUUGUCUUGUCUUGACUUAUUUUUAUUUUACCUUGCCACUGUACAGCACUUUACCUGACUUGCAUAGGUACUUCGCUGUGCUGCUGCUGGUUCAGUGUAGUAGAAGAAUCUGUGUCUGUACUUAAACGGUGGAAACUAAACAUCACAUAUAUAUAUUUUUUAAUGCCAGCUACAACUCAAAUUCCUUCAGGAUAAUGAUAAUAAACUUGAACUUUAACUUCAAGUUGCUGACACUCUAUUUGUUGUCUUCAUUGCAGCGACCUUGAACAACAGUGCAUCAACUACCUUUUCAGGUAAGGGUAUUUUGCGUAAUUUGAAGGAUAAAUCUAUGAAAAGCCUUAAUUUAUCUGAACACUGAGUCUUUGAAAGGCUCUGUUUACAUUUGUGUAGAUUUGUUAAAUUUUUCCAGUUGAUGAAAAAGUUUUUCUCAAAACACUUUUUAUAUCAAGUUUCAUGAUCAAUGUUUGUACAUUCAGAAAUGAGACUGAAUUGAUCUUAAAACACCCCAAAUUUAAUCUGAAUCAUCCAUUUUGAAUGAGGAUGAACUGCAAGCUGCAUCUCUCCCAUUAGAGGCUAAUUUCAGCCUGUCUCUGUCUCUGUCAGUGUGCUGCUGCUUAGCAUUGCUGCUCAUCCAACAGGUAAGAAUGACCCUGUGCAGGUGGAUCAUUAUGCUGAGGUCAGAAGAGCUGUAAUGUUAAAAUGUGGAGGCCUUAAUUCAAACUAAUAAAUGUUAUAAAAUUAUUAGAUCCUGAAUAAGAAGCCAAGGUAUGUUUGCUGUGUAAUUCUGUCAGAGUGAAAAAAACACAAUCUGCAUUUUCAAACAGGUGUGUGUCUCUCUGCAGGUGACCUCACAGCUGCUCUGGAGUUUCCCUCCCUACAGUCUUACACUUUCCACUGUGGCUGCUGUGCAAGGUGAGAGCUCUCAGUCUUAUUUUUACCUCUCUAUUUUUGCAAGAUCUGCUGUGAAUAUUUCUCAUGUAUAUAAAAAGAUAAUUAGGUUGGUCUUUUUAGAUAAAUGUGAGCCAUGCUGGUUGAAGUAAAUUGCACAGUAUGAAAAUAGAACAUUCCUUGGAUGCCCGAUUGUCUCUGGAAGUUUAUUAGAUUAUAUAAAAUUUGAAGAUGUGAAGAAACAGAAUAACUUUUGCACCAUCAUAGUUAAAUCAGAGAGGCAUGAACGUAAUGUGCUGCAGCACAGCAAAUAUGUUUGCAUUUGGGGCAUUUAUUUUUCAUCUUAAAGCGGGUUAAACAGGAACAUUGAUCUGAAUGUCAGGGGUCACCUUGAAAUGAUAGUCCCUGCUGGAUUAGGAAAUACUUGGUUGAUGGAUGGAACACAGGACUCAUGAGGAUGGAUGUAAGUCGUAUGCGCUGGAAACAGCUAUGAGGAUUCUUAAGGUGUGCUCAACCCUUUCUUUAUUAGAAAAAUUGGUAUGAUUGAACCGACCUAAAUCAAGUCAGAAGUAAAUCCAUUUUAGUUAAAUGUGAGGUUAAGUGUUCUUCGUGAUAGCAGUGAUUUGUUUCAGGAUCAAAGAGGAAGAGUCGUACAUAGUUUGAAUGUCAAUUUUUUUUAUUCUCAUAUUUUAUAAUCUUGUGUCUUCACAGCGCUCUGCUCGGGUUUCUGUUGCUGUUGGCCACCAUCAAACUAAAAACUGGUUUAUCACUUGAGCAUUUAAGGGUCUGGAUCUUUCUAUCCAAGGUAAUCUUUGAUCACAUACAGUUUAUAUUCAACCGAGGGCUUCAAAUCUUUCAUCACAACUCCAGUGAGGCAUCCAAACUAAAUGGUCUUUUGUUUUUUUUUCCUUUCAGGUUACUGCCAUGUGCCUUUCUCCAUUAAUCUUUGACAUGAACAUUAACACUCUGUCUCUGAUUUGGUGAGUUUCUCUCCCUCAUUACAGAUAAUAAAGUUCAAAAGUACAGUAAAGUUUGUUAAACAAAAGGAAGUUUCUAAUUUAUAGUAAAGAUUGUUAAACGUCUAUUCUUCUGUUUAUUCCCAGCGUACUCCUCAGUCACGUUGCAGAGGCUCUGCUGGUUUAUUCUGACAGAGAAUCUCAGACAUGAUGACCUCCUCAUAUUGACAGCCUUUACUAAAGAGAUUAUUGUUUCUAUGAAGAGUAUUUUAUUUUCUCACUUUGUUUUUGUAAAUUCUGAUCUUUGCACUGUUAACCUGCUGACCAAAUAAAGCCAUCUCUCUACAUAAA